AAUUUCUUAAUUUAUGAAUCGUACCUUCAUUUAGCAACCUUGGUCAAUUUUAAAAGGCGAUCGCGUUCAAACGCCUGUUUCUGUCAAAGUGUUGUGAACGCUCCAGCAGGAAAACCGCCUAAUCGUUUCGCUAGCAAAAUCGGAAGCUUAUUUUGUUAAUAAUUUCAAUCGUUCUGCAAAUAAGUGUUAUCCGACGCUAUGGAAUCCACCCACAACAGUGCUAAAAUAUACUUACUUCAAGAGGAUCGCGAGAAAAGCUUCAAACAUUGGCCAUUUUCCGAUGAUAAACAAUGCAGCAUACAGAAGAUGGCUGAGGCCGGCUUCUAUUGGCACGGGACGGAGACAGAGAUAGACAUAGCGGCUUGCUUCGUGUGUGGCAAAGAGCUGGACGGUUGGGAAGAGUCGGACGAUCCGUGGAGCGAACACCGGAAGCAUGCACCACAGUGUCCGUUUGUGAAAUUUGGCCGCCCAGAGACGCAUUUAACGUGCGAUGAAUUUGUCACUAUUAUGAUGGCCACGGUGAAGACGCGAUAUGUCAACAACUACACCACCCUCAAGACCAACGGCAAGCUGCUGAUAGAGAAGAAGCGGAAGGAAAUGGAGAAACUGUUACGCACCAACUAGUAUUAAGCUGCAUAUUAGAGAAAUACAUCGAACCAUGUAAAACAA